AUCAGUUUUAAUACCUAAUUUGUGUUGGAGCCAAUAUACUAUGACGUCAAUGGCCAAAAGAUUGGGUGAGGCUGGUCUUAACGUGGCAAGAUCGCUGCAGAAAAAUAGAACCGAGUUUUAUUUGCAACAUGCACUUGUAAUGUACGAUUUGGACUGCCCAGGGUCAGCUGGAUUCUUGAAGAAGGCAAGCGAUGAAGGCUAUUUCAAGUCCCCCUACCGCUGGCUGCUUUUGGACUUGGGGAAUAGUCACAGCAUGAACGAAUUCGAGGAGUUGGAGAUGGUGGUGGACAGUGACGUGGUGGUCCUCCGGAAGAUUGGAGACGAAUAUCAGUUUAUUGAGACCUACAAAGUAUCCACAAACUCUGAAGUCAUCCAGACCCAUCGGGCUACAUGGCGCCCACUAAAAUACGAUUCCAGAAACUCAACCUCAAAGCAAAAUACUUCCAACUCCAUAGAAGAAGAUAAAGUAACCAACGUAGACACUUCUAGCUCAAUACAAGAAGUAAAAAUCAACACAAAUACUCCCUCAACAAUCACUGUUGAUAAAUACGGAGUUAUAGAAGAUUACAGAAGAACCAAAGUGCUGUCUACUAGAAGACGGGAUCUAAGGAGGCAUACGCUGACGAUGGUUAAUGUUAUCACUGAUAGCAAUGACACCAGAAAGCAUUUGGAUGACAGACUCCAGCUCCACCAAGACUCCAUCACAAAGAUGUCGUACAGCGUUGUCAGGAUUUGUUUCGAGAUGCUGAACGCUUCUGAGGAGCUGACCUUCACCCACACCUGGGGGUAUAGAGACAAGAACGGCAACUGGCAGGGCAUCGUCGACGACCUCAUCAAGAAGAAAGCUGAUCUUGGUACCCUCACAAUCUUCACCCAAGAGCGCAUGGAAGUUGUGGACUACAUCGCUAUGGUAGGCUCCACGGCGGUGCGCUUCGUGUUCCGAGAGCCUCCUCUCUCUUACAUAUCUAAUAUCUUCACUCUACCCUUCACGGCUGCGGUCUGGUGGGCCAUUGUGGUGUGUGUACUGGGAUGUUCCGUGUUUCUCUACAUCACAUCUAAAUGGGAAGCUUCCAUGAGUAUGCAUCAAUUCCAACUGGAUGGCUCGUGGGCUGACGUGAUCAUCUUGAUCAUCGGAGCCGUCUUGCAACAAGGAUGUACUCUCGAACCAAGAUAUGCCGCAGGUAGAGGAGUAACCCUGCUGCUAUUCUUGGCUCUGACUAUUCUGUACGCGGCGUAUUCGGCCAACAUUGUCGUGCUCCUCAGAGCUCCUAGCUCCUCAGUGAGAUCGUUGCCGGACCUUCUGAACUCCCCUCUUAAGCUGGGAGCCAGCGACUUUGAGUAUAACAGGUAUUUCUUCAAGAAACUGAAAGAUCCUAUCCGUAAAGCGAUUUACGAUAAGAAAAUAGCUCCAAAAGGGAAGAAACCUAACUACUACUCAAUGGAAGAAGGAGUAGAGAAGAUCAGGCGGGGCUUGUUCGCCUUCCACAUGGAGCUGAACCCUGGGUACCGGCUGAUCCAGGAGACGUACCGCGAGGACGAGAAGUGCGACCUGGUGGAGAUCGACUACAUCAACGAGAUCGACCCCUGGGUGCCGGGGCAGAAGCGCUCACCUUUCAAAGACCUCUUCAAGAUUAACUUCAUCAAAAUCCGUGAGUCUGGCAUCCAGUCGUGCAUCCACCACCGUCUACACGUACCACGGCCGCGGUGCUCGGGCACCGUGGCAACUUUCAGCAGCGUCGGCGUUGCUGAUAUGUACCCGGCACUGCUGGCUACGCUUUAUGGAAUGCUGUUAGCGCCAGCUGUGCUGAUGCUGGAGAUAGUCUACCACCGCCUAACGGAGCUGAGGGCCAAGUCGAAGAAAAGAAGGUGUAUAUCUAAGUUACAGCGGCGAAAUUAA